AUGUCAGCCAAGGAGAUUGCCAGACACUUCAACGACUUGGCCUCCCUGGGCCUGGUGCGGGGCAUCUUCGAGUCGGUCUUUGCGCUCCCGUCCGGCUUCCUGGCCGACAAGCUGCCAAGGCCGCUGCUGGUGUGGCUCGGGGCGGUGGUCUGGGCCGCCGCGCUGGUCGGGGUCACCUUCUCCCCAAGCCUCUCCUGGAUGAUCUUCUUCAGAGCUCUCAAUGGUGUCGGCUUGGGCAUCGUGCAGCCGCUGCUGUUCAGCUUAGUCGCUGACAAAAGCGAAACCCAUGGUCGUGGCAAAGCCUUCGGCUUCUUGCAGUUUUCUGGAAACGUGGGGCAAACAGCCUUCACGGCUUUGGCCACCGGCAUUGCGACUUAUCAGAUUAUGUCGGUCGCGGGAUGGCAGUUUGCUUUGCUGAUCGUGGCCGUUCUCAGUGCAGUUGUGGGCACUCUCUGCGUGCUUCUGGUUGACGACCAGCGCGCGAGGGACCCCCGGAGCAUGGUGGCCAUCAUCUGUGAAGAGACGCCGAAGCUUCGGCACAUCGUCUGCCUCCCAACGUUCAUUAUCAUCAUCGGGCAAGGAGCUUUUGGCACUGCGCCGUGGUUUGCUUUCAGCUAUCUCACCAUGUGGCUGGAGCUGAACUGUUUCGAGCAUUCGCAGGCUGCUGCCAUCAUCGCCUGCUUCAACAUCGGAGGGGCCCUCUCUGGGAUUGUGGGAGGUGUGCUUUUGGACAUCGUUGCGCGGCGCUUCCCGGAUCACGGCCCACCAGGAAUUGCGCAAGUGGCAGUUUUCCUAUCCUUGCCGCUCUUCGCCACAAUCCUUUUUGGCCUCGGCGGAUUGGACCACAAGAGCCCGAGUACCCCCAUAGUCUUCGGCAUGAUUUUCAUGGUGACCGGCACCAUGAUCUCUUGGUGCAUGGUGAUGAACAACAAGAUGUUCAGCGACAUCGUCCCCAAGGAGGCCUACAGCUAUGUGUUCGCCCUGGACCGCGCAGUCGAAGGCACCCUGGGAGCCUUGGGCCAACCGAUUGUCGGCUGGCUUACGGAUGAAAUCUUCCAUUUCAAUGCAGACACAGCCAACUCACAGGAUUGUUCUCCAGACGAUGCCAUGAAGCUGGGCAAGGGGAUUUUCCUAGUCUCGGCUGUGGCAUUUUCCGGGUGCUUCAUGUUCUACGGCGUGGGACACUACACCUACCCCAGGGAUCGCCGGAUCGCCUCUCACAAGCGGAUCCCCAGCAAAGGCUCUUCUGAGAGCGAUGGGCAGGAGAAGUGA